UACGGCGAGGAGCACUUGAAGCCCACGGCUGCGAGAACUUAACUCCCAUUAUAAUAAAUGGAUAACUCUAAAGUAGUCGGAAGUGACGUACUCGGUGAGACUCGCAGAUCAGCUACGUAAGUGGCUGCCACCUCAACUAUCCACCUUCUCCCGGGACUGGCCGGCGGAGGAUAACUGUAGCUCAAAGUCCGCCACCAGCCCCGCCUCUGCGGCUCCCAGCUGCACCCGAAACAAGCCAAGCCCGAGCCCUAACCAGACCGGAGAGCCUCGCAGCAAGCGCCCGGCGGCGCCUUGCGGGCAAUGGGCUUCAGAGCUCGGCCACGCGCAUGCGCGGCCCUCUCUCGGAGGAGUCCACGGAUCACCUGGACGACCACGCUGCAGCCACCUGCACCUCCGGAUCCUUUCCCGCCCUUCACUCCUGCUGCUCAUUCUCACCUCUGGCCUCCGGCCUUUUGCAGUACCCUGCACCUGAUCUGACGGUAGAAGAUGGAGACGGGGGUGGGAUCGAGUCGUGUGGACCACGCUCAGGAGAGGGUCGCAAGUUAAAUAAUGGCAGAGACAAGUCUGUUAGAGGCUGGAGCCUCUGCGUCCUCCACAGCUGCAGCUCUGGAGAACUUACAGGUGGAGGCAAGUUGUUCUGUGUGCCUGGAGUAUCUGAAGGAGCCUGUUAUCAUUGAGUGUGGGCAUAACUUCUGCAAAGCGUGCAUCACCCGCUGGUGGGAGGACCUAGAGAGGGACUUUCCUUGUCCUGUCUGUCGCAAGACCUCCCGCUACCGCAGUCUUCGCCCUAAUCGUCAACUAGGCAGUAUGGUGGAAAUUGCCAAGCAGCUCCAGGCUGUCAAGCGGAAGAUCCGGGAUGAGAGCCUCUGCCCCCAGCACCAUGAGGCCCUCAGCCUCUUCUGCUAUGAGGACCAAGAAGCUGUAUGUUUGAUAUGUGCAAUUUCCCACACUCACCGGGCCCACAACGUCGCACCACUGGAUGAUGCCACACAGGAGUACAAGGAAAAACUGCAGAAGUGCCUGGAGCCCUUGGAGCAGAAGCUGCAGGAGAUCACCCGCUGUAAGUCCUCUGAAGAGAAGAAGCCUGCAGAACUCAAGAGACUGGUGGAGAGUCGCCGACAGCAGAUCUUAAAGGAAUUUGAAGAGCUUCAUAGGCGGCUGGAUGAAGAGCAACAGGUGUUGCUUUCACGACUAGAGGAGGAAGAACAGGACAUUCUACAGCGCCUCAGAGAAAAUGCUGCUCACCUUGGAGAGAAACGCCGGGACCUGGCCCACUUGGCUGCUGAGGUGGAGGGCAAGUGCUUACAGUCAGGCUUCGAGAUGCUUAAGGAUGUCAAAAGUACCCUGGAAAAAUGUGAAAAGGUGAAGACCAUGGAGGUGACUUCAGUAUCCAUACAACUUGAAAAGAACUUCAGCAAUUUCCCCCGACAGUACUUUGCCCUAAGGAAAAUCCUUAAACAGCUAAUUGCGGAUGUGACCCUGGACCCUGAGACUGCUCAUCCUAACCUAGUUCUGUCGGAAGAUCGUAAGAGCGUCAAGUUUGUGGAGACAAGACUCCGGGAUCUACCUGACACACCACGGCGUUUCACCUUCUAUCCUUGCGUCCUGGCUACUGAGGGUUUCACCUCAGGUCGACACUACUGGGAAGUAGAGGUGGGAGACAAGACCCACUGGGCAGUGGGUGUGUGCCGGGAUUCUGUGAGCCGAAAGGGCGAGCUGACCCCACUACCUGAGACUGGCUACUGGAGGGUGCGACUGUGGAAUGGGGACAAAUAUGCAGCCACCACCACGCCUUUUACUCCUUUGCACAUCAAGGUGAAACCCAAGCGGGUGGGCAUAUUCCUAGACUAUGAGGCCGGCACACUGUCUUUUUACAAUGUCACAGACCGCUCUCAUAUCUACACCUUCACUGAUACUUUUACUGAGAAACUGUGGCCCCUCUUCUACCCGGGCAUCCGGGCUGGAAGGAAGAAUGCUGCACCACUUACCAUCAGGCCGCCAACAGACUGGGAGUGACAGGUAGGGACAUGGGAAUAACUGGAAUGAGGCAGGACCAAGAGCAAUGGGCCUUCCUUCCUGUGACCUGCUGGAAUGUCUUCGUGUUUGCCUAGUUCCAGUCCUGAAACAUCUGGGAGAAACACCUUGGUUUCUAGAAUGGCGUAUGUGGAGGAGUAGGUAGGACUGGUCUAGGAUGAGAGCACAGCUAUGUCUCCUCCCUAACUGAGUGAGGAGCUAGUUCACAGGGGAUUAUCUCCCCUGAGGUUCAUCGGGUUUUCUAUUACACAGGACAGGUUAGGAAGGAAGGAGAGGCUUUUCCAGAAACAAAAAAUCUCUGGGAGAGUCUGACAUGCUCAAACCAGAGGAGGAAACAUAGAAUAUGUUUCCCAGAAUAGUUGUGUUUCUUGAGGAAGAGCACAGGGGUGUGUAUACCUCUAGAUUGAAAUGAAAAUGAAUGACAGUUGCUUUCACGGGUCUAGAAGUUGAGUUUUUCCAAGAACAGAGAUUGGGCAUCAAAAGUUUAGAAAGAAGGUCAGGGAAGGCGGCUAAAGGAGCAAAUCCCUAGAGACUAAUGAAGUGGAGAGGAUUUCUUUGGUCUUCUAUCCCCAGAGUGAGGUUGCCAUUGUCAGUAGAUUGGCCAGAGGAGAGGGUGAGAAUGAUGAGGAGGAGGACCCAGGUCCCUAUCUCAGCCUUCAGCAGAGGUGGCUUAUUGCCUGCCUCCUUACAGUUGAUUGUCUCCAAGAAGUCAGUCACCUUCCUCUUCAGGGGUGAGGUACCAGAGAUCCUGCAAGACAGUCUACCCUUUAACUGCUUUCCCAGGGGAACUUGGGAAGGAGAGAGUCAGGUAUUAGAGAAAGAGAAACAUUUCUAUCCAAAGCUCUGGCCUUAAAAGAAUGUUGCUAAAUAGUUACUCCCAAGUUGUUAGCCUUAUUACCUGGUUAAGGUGUCCAAGCCAGAAACUGAGAACGGAAAUGGAGUCUUCCUCACGCUGAGGAUGGGGCAGAAGAGGGUGGCGUGUAUAGGGAAAGGCAAGAUGGGCGACUUCCUUGUGCCUGUGUGCAUCUGGCCUGGAACUAGUGUUCACAGGAGCCAGUCUUUUGCUUGUUUGCUGCCAUCCUUCACCAUUUGCCAUUUCCUCUAUCAGAGAAUGUAAAUCAUUUAAUGUUAGGCCAAAAUAAACAAUCUGUAGGGUACAUAUGUUGUCAAAAAAGGUAAAGUAAUACAUGCCAAACCAAACUAAAAUGACUUGGACUAUCUGCUGCUUCAGUAAUGGGGUUCACAGAAGGUUGGGAUAAGAAACUGCAGCUUAGUGAGGACAUUUCAGUUCCUCCUACCACCUCAACAGGACUCUGUUCAGACUCUCCUCUUACCUUUGUGCCUUGACUGUGGUUCUUUGUGGCAAGAUGCUUUGGUUGGUAAAACAAUAUGGAACAAAGGAUCCACUGAAGUGA